AUAUGAAAUUUCUAGAUACAGCUUCUCUCGAUCCCAUAAAUACCGCGCUGGUAUUUGAGAACCCAGAGUGCAGGGUUGUGGGUCGAAUAGAGACCUACUCCUGUAAACUUGCAGGCGUUGACAAAAAACUUUAUAAACAUCUUGAAAGUCAAUGGAAUUCUGAUUUUUCCCAAGGUUCAGAAAGUGUCUCACCCGAACCUAUUCAUACUCUUCACAAUAUAAUUUCCCCGUUUGGCCCAAUGAAUCAACCUUCUUCUCGCAGGAUGUUGUUCAAUUUAAUCGCAACCUUAAACGCGUCUUAUCCUGAUUAUGACUUUUCUGACAUCAAACCUGACCAAUUCACCAAACAACCAUCAGUUCCCAUGGUUUGCAAUUAUAUAAAUAAUACCUUAUUUAAUUUAGGUCGCGCUUAUAUAGUUAAUGAUUUGAAUUUAUGGCAAGUGAUAGACGACAUCAUUGAAUUAGACGAAUGUAGUGUUUACUCAUUUAAUCCUGACAUUGAUUCAGACCCAAAUGCGGAAGAUGGCGCCAUAUGGUCAUUCAAUUUCUUCUUUUACAACAAAAAAUUAAAACGAAUAUUAUUUUUCGCUGUCAGAUGUUUAAGUAUUAAUGCACCUUUGCAAGAAGAGGAACCGUUGGAUUCAUACUCGGACUCGGGGAGCGACGUAAUUGGGAUGUCAUAUGAGGAAUAUGUGAUGGGAGAUAUUGAAAUGUAA